UUUAUCAUUUCAGUUGCUAGGGGAUUAGUUUUGCCAAGCAAACACACCAUCUCUCCUCCAUCCCCCUCUGGAAGGGUGAGAGUGCAUAAGCACUUACUCUGUCCUCCAUAAAACUGGGCAGGCUGUGUGGGCACAGAACAAUAUAACCCCCAAAUCCUGCUUCUAAAUUGGAGGUGAAAGCCUGCUGCUGUGGGAGGGCUCCCUGGCUGCCCAAGGACAAACAUGUAGAAUGGGACUGGUAGGGCAGCUUGGGUGGCCAAGGCACACGCCUGUGUCCUGCUGUACCAGCAGUCCUAGGCUGCAGCACUGAGCUGGCGAGGAGAUACGGGUGUAGGGGUCACCCUUUUUGAGCUUAGGGAAGGCAGCUCUCCCUCAGAGUCGCACAAAAGCUUGGUGAAAGCCACCGCCUCCUCUCUCCACCGCAUGGGAGCUGGUUACUCAUCUCAUCUCUGCACCCGAACAGCCACUGCCGCUAAAAAUAGCCCCCCAGCCGUGGGCCAGCCCCUCCUGCACCCCAACCCCAUGGAAACCAGCAGAGUGGCAGGCAGAGACCUUGAGUUCCAUUCUCACGCACUCUAUGUUGGGGAAACUGAAAUCUGAGGCAGGAAGCCAGGGGCAGAACCCUGGUGGUCAGGCAACCUGACAAGCAGGAGAGUAAAGGGUUAAAACGGCAGGAAGGUUGAAGAAAUAGGGGCGGGGGAGGGGGCACUGUCAGCUUGGCAAGAAUCAUAAGUCCCUCCCCCGCCCACUCGUGCGAUCCCAUCAGGCUUGGGGGACAACAGCAGUGGGAAGGGGCGUCCAAUCCCGGGCCCCAGGGGGCGGCCGUGCACAUGGGGGAGGUAGCAGCGCGGAGCAGUCCGCGCGGUGUCACAUGCGCGCGCACACACAGAGACAGGCACACACACGUGUGCCCGGUCGCCGCGCCCCUUCUCGACAGCCCAUGGACUUCCAGGCCAGCCACUGGGCUCGCGGGUUCCAGAACCGCACGAUACCUUCUGACUGAGAAAUUUCCCCAGGCCUGAACCUAGAGUCUUAAGUCCCAGAAAUGACAGGAUUCUCUUCCAAGGCAGGGAAAUCACUCUUAGGAAUAAAUGUCAGCCUAGUAUAUCUGGCCCUUCCAAGGAUCCACCCCUGAGGGAAAAGGUGUAGUGGUCCAGCGUCCUCCAUAGAUCCAAAAGCCAGUAGUCUCUGCAGAGAGGACUCAGCAUAGAUGACUCAAGUAAAUGGACAAUGUCCCAUGGGGAGCCUGUCCUUUAUCCCUUAUGAGUUUCUUUCCACUGGGGCCUGGGUUACAGCUUUUGGCCUGGUGGAUUGAUAAAAUUCCAUGAGGGUGGGAGGCUGGCUGGAAGAUAUGGAAGCCCUGUCUUUGACCACUGGUGUCAAGCAGAGGUGGGAAGAGAGGAAAGGAGCCACUGUGCUUUGUUCCAACAUUCCACCCACCAGGAGUAGGGGAGAAGAGGGCUUGAAGUUGAAAAUCAGUAGCAAACCACCCCCCUGGAAUAGGGGUAGAGGUGAGAUGUUAGAGGGGAGAGGGGCUUUGCCUUGGCUUUGGGAUCUGGGAGGAAGCAGGGCACCAGGGUUGAGAGUUUGUGGGCAGAGGAGCCUACCCUCCUUUGAAGCACCCGCAGGCAGCACUGCCCCAUUGGACUAGGAAGGCAUAGCCCAUCCAUUAGGCCUGAGUAGAGAAGGGGGCAAAAAUUCUGUCUAAGGUAAUCCCAUGGAUUUGUUGGGGUCGACUGCUGAAAGUGGGGCCUUCCUCAGAGUCCAGUAUACAGUCGGCCCGCAGACCCUUUGGUGCCUCCAGGUGGUGGCCUACGGUGCUGCAGCAGAAGACGCAUUAGGCAGAGGGUGGGCAGCGCAGCUGAGCUCACCGCCACGGGCGCAUCCAUCCCUCCUGGGCCUAUAAUUUGGGUUCCCCAGGCCUGGCCGCCCCUAUCAGCGGCUCAGCAACAGAUGAGUCACCCGGGACCCCGGGCCAAGGCAAACAUGGGGGGAGGAGGAGGAGGAGGCUUCCGAGGCUUUAGCCACCGCCUCAGUUGCUCGACAUCCCCCAAUCUCCAGGGGCCCCCACUCUUUUCUUUGACCCCCGCCCUCCAGGGCCCCAGUGUUCUUCCCACAUUGCUCUUGUUACACCCUCCAUCCCUAGGAUAGGAAGGGCAGCCCUCCACUCUUCUCAUCGAGGGGAAGGGGAACCAGCUUGCUCCUAGAUCCUCCCUGCAGUGAUGAAAGCCCCCCACUUUCCCCCUCCUGUCAUUGGCCCCGACCCACGUCAAGGUCUCUCUGGUUCCCGUCCCUCCCCUUUCUUGGAGCUGGCCGCGUGCUUGGGGUAUUAGGCAAUGGGUGUGCACCCGCAACCCUCUCCAGGCCCCGCCUGUCCCACCGCCCUCUAGCCGCCUGCGGGUCAGUGCUCAGGCCAGCCGGUCGGGCUGAGGGCACUGCGGGCCAGCUCAGGCCACCCAGUCUGCCGGCCUGUGGCCUCUUGUCCCAGAGUUGGGCUUCAGUAGAGAGAAGGAGCAGGACUCUGGGUCCAUGGAUUUGGAACAGUCCUGCUUGGGGAGACCUAGGGUCACCAGGAAGUUGAAACCUAUUGUAGUAGUUCUGUCCCUUGCCCCUUCUUGGCACCUGACUGUAUGCUGGAGCUUGACAAGGGUAGAAUCAGAAGGCAAAAAAUAAUAAUAAUCCCAAACCUAAGGGGGACCCAGGAGACACAUGGAGAAAUACAAAUGUCCAUGAGGUCCCCAUGGAGAAGAAAGGCUUAGGCAACCUCAUUCCCCUCUUCCAAGGACCUGGCAGGAAUCCCAGGCUGACUACAAGAAAAAAAAUAAGGACACUGGUGGGGAUCACGAAUCCAGGUGUAAGGAUGAAAACUAUAAGAUGGGACUUGCAGAUUCUGGUGACCUCCAAAACCACACAUGGUUUGGCUCUUGUCCUCUAAAUGGGAAGGAGAGUCAGGAACUCUAGGGCUCCCUUUUCCCCAUCCCAAAGGUAGGGAAUCAGAGAAAAGCAGCCUGGUCCAGGAUGUCCAGUGUCAGAGACCAUGGCACUUUCACCUCCCCAGACUGCUCAUCAACCUGGCACAUAAAGGUGAUCUGUAAAUAUCCCAACAGAUGUAAGUUUGCUUGAUCUCCUGUCUCAGACUGCUGUGCCCGCUAUCCAACAGUGACCCCUGCAGCACGGGCAGGACCUCCAGCAGCACAGACUGGAGGCUGGCUGCCCAGCAGAGCUGCAAUGCCACCACCAAGAAAGAGGUGACUGUGGUUGUGGGUAUCAUCCCUGUGCCUCUGCUUGCUGGGGGCAGUCUGAGUCAAUGUGCUUGGGGCGCGUGGGGCCAGCCGUGCCUUGGGCUGCGGUCUGGCGGGGCGGGGGGCGGCUGGAAAGCCUGGGGCCCCUCUCUGGCAAAAAUAGCCCGCAGUGGUUAGAGCUUCGAGGGUGAGUCAGGCGGGAGCACGGUGGCGCCUAACCCCUUCGCUGCCACUGGAUCUUCCUAAGGCGGUUUGCCUUUGCCUAUGCACCCCAAGACCAGGCUCUUUCCCGGCUGCCCUUAGGCUUGGCUCAAUUUUGGAUCCCAAGGCCCUCCUCAUCCCACAAGAAGCAAGUCUACAGCUUGGAGCAGGAAUCCAGGCCACCCAAUGUGCAGACCGGGGGAAUCCCGAGAAGGGUAGGAUACCUCUGCUGGCAAGCAUCCCUGCCAGGCAAGGAAGCAUCGCGGCAGGCUGAUGAUCUUUGGUGCUACCUGAACCUCUGCUAGGGCCAAACUCUGAGGCCAAAGCUGACCCCUCCAAAGGGGCAGGCGCAGGGCUUGGAGGUGGGUGGGAACCAAGCUGCCCAGACCUGUGCUUCUCCUGCCCGCUCUGAGUACCCUAGGUGCGCUCAGGCUGUGGGUGCCACAUGUGACUGUCCCACACCGAGAAGCCCAAAGACUGUCCGGCUCCAUCCUCAUCUUGUCAAAGGCACUUUCCAGCCACCCUGAUCUUGGUGGAGAAACUGACUCAAAGAGAAGUGAUGAAAGAUGUGGCCACUUUGGUCCCGUUCUGGCUCCCUAGGAAGGUUACUACACCCUCCCUGCAGCCUUGGCGACCCCAGAGCAGUCCUUUGCUCGCAGGCUUGCUAGCUCUCUGGAUCACUCCCUCCCUUCCUCCCUCCCUUCCUCCCCGCGGCUGUGGCGGCGCUGGGGAAGCGGUGAAGAGGAGUGGCCCAGCCCUGGAAGAAUGCGGCUCUGACAAGGGGACAGAACCCAACGCAGUCUCCCCACGGUUUAAGCAGCACUAGUGAAGCCCAGGCAACUCAACCGUGCCCGUCCCGGACCCCGCACCCAAACCACUGGAGGUCCUGAUCGAUCUGCCCACCGGAGCCUCCGGGCUUCGACAUGCUGGAGGAGCCCCGGCCGCGGCCUCCGCCCUCGGGCCUCGCGGGUCUCCUGUUCCUGGCGUUGUGCAGUCGGGCUCUAAGCAAUGAGAUUCUGGGCCUGAAGUUGCCUGGCGAGCCGCCGCUGACCGCCAACACCGUGUGCUUGACGCUGUCCGGCCUGAGCAAGCGGCAGCUAGGCCUGUGCCUGCGCAACCCCGACGUGACGGCGUCGGCGCUUCAGGGUCUGCACAUCGCGGUCCACGAGUGUCAGCACCAGCUGCGCGACCAGCGCUGGAACUGCUCAGCGCUCGAGGGCGGUGGCCGCCUGCCGCACCACAGCGCCAUCCUCAAGCGCGGUUUCCGAGAAAGUGCUUUUUCCUUCUCCAUGCUGGCUGCUGGGGUCAUGCACGCAGUAGCCACUGCCUGCAGCCUGGGCAAGCUGGUGAGCUGUGGCUGUGGCUGGAAGGGCAGUGGUGAGCAGGAUCGGCUGAGGGCCAAACUGCUGCAGCUGCAGGCACUGUCCCGAGGCAAGAGUUUCCCCCACUCUCUGCCCAGCCCUGGCCCUGGCUCAGGCUCCAGCCCUGGCCCCCAGGACACAUGGGAAUGGGGUGGCUGUAACCAUGACAUGGACUUUGGAGAGAAGUUCUCUCGGGAUUUCUUGGAUUCCAGGGAAGCUCCCCGGGACAUCCAGGCACGAAUGCGAAUCCACAACAACAGGGUAGGGCGCCAGGUGGUAACUGAAAACCUGAAGCGGAAAUGCAAGUGUCAUGGCACGUCAGGCAGCUGCCAGUUCAAGACAUGCUGGAGGGCGGCCCCAGAGUUCCGGGCAGUGGGGGCGGCGUUGAGGGAGCGGCUGGGCCGGGCCAUCUUCAUCGAUACCCACAACCGCAAUUCUGGAGCCUUCCAGCCCCGUCUGCGUCCCCGUCGCCUCUCAGGAGAGCUGGUCUACUUUGAGAAGUCUCCUGACUUCUGUGAGCGAGACCCCACUAUGGGCUCCCCAGGGACAAGGGGCCGGGCCUGCAACAAGACCAGCCACCUGUUGGAUGGCUGUGGCAGCCUGUGCUGUGGCCGUGGGCACAACGUGCUCCGGCAGACACGAGUUGAGCGCUGCCAUUGCCGCUUCCACUGGUGCUGCUAUGUGCUGUGUGAUGAGUGCAAGGUUACACAGUGGGUCAAUGUGUGUAAGUGAGGGUCAGCCUCACCUUGCGGCUGGGGAAGAGGACUGUGUGAGAGGGGCACCUUUUCAGCCCUUUGCCCUGAUUUCCUUCCAAGGUCAAUCUUGGUCCCUGGAAGCUUAAAUAUCUACCUGGAAACAGCUUUAGGGGUGGUGGGGGUCAGGUGGACUCUGGGAUGUGUAGCCUUCUCCCCAACAAUUGGAGGGUCUUGAGGGGAAGCUGCCACCCCUCUUCUGCUCCUUAGACACCUGAAUGGUCUAAGAUGAAAUGCACUGUAUUGCUCCUCCCACUUCUCAACUUCAGAGCCCCUUUAACCCUGAUUCAUACUCCUUUUGGCUGGGGACUCCCUAUAGUUUCACCACUCCUCUCCCUUGGAUAACCCCAGGCACUGUUUGGAGCCAUAAGAUCUGUAUCUAGAAAGAGAUCACCCAUUCAUGUGUACUAUCCCCAAACUCUACUGCAGCCUGGGCUCCCUCUUGUGGGAUAAUGGGAGACAGUGGUAGAGAGGUUUUUCUUGGGAAGGGGACAGAGUGCUGAGGGGCACUCUCCCCUGAAUCCUCAGAGUUGUCUGUCCAGGCCCUUAGGGAAGUUGUCUCCUUCCAUUCAGAUGUUAAUGGGGACCCUCCAAAGGAAGGGGUUUUCCCAUGACUCUUGGAGCCUCUUUUUCCUUCUUCAGCAGGAAGGGUGGGAAUGGAUAAUUUAUUAUACUGAGACUUGUUCUUGGUUCCUGUUUGAAACGAAAAUAAAUUAAGUUACCGGACUGGA